AUGUGGGUCACACAGCUACAUUUCGACGUGGAGCCACAGGACGUGCUGACGUCACAAAGCGUGCGCCACUUCGGGUUUGUUUACACGCGUGGGUCCUUGACCGUCCCCUUUAGUCCUGGUUCCAUGGCGGAUGUGCAGCCGACACCACGUCUCGUCCUGGUUUUCAGCGGGAAAAGAAAAUCUGGGAAAGACCACGUGACCAACCUGCUGCAUGCGCGUCUGGGGGCCCCUCUCUCCUCCAUCUUGCGCCUGUCGGCUCCUCUGAAGCAGCACUUUGCUCAGGACCACAGUCUGGACUUGGACUUGCUUCUUGGUCCUGGUCCUUAUAAAGAACGCUUCAGGUCUGAGAUGAUCCAGUGGGGAGAAGACCAGAGGAGGAAUGACCCGGGGUACUUCUGUCGGCUUGCCACAAGAGGCGCCACUGAGCCAGUGUGGAUCAUCAGUGAUGCUCGCCGCUCCACAGACCUGACCUGGUUCCGGACCCAGUACCCGGAUAAAACGCGGACCAUUAGAGUCCAGUGUUCAGACCAGAUCAGGACCACAAGGGGCUGGAGCUUUACUGAAGGUGUGGACGAUGCAGAGUCGGAGUGUGGCCUGGACCAGGUUCAGGACUGGGACUGGAUCAUUAAAAACGAAGGAGACACUGAAGACCUGGAGAGGCAGCUUAGACCAGUUAUAGACCUGGCUCUGAAGCAGGACUGA